AUGUCCAUAAAUACUACCAUGAAGAGUGGACAACAGGAGAAAGUAUCAACAAAUCCUUUGUAUAAAAAUACAAACAACAUAAUCAACCAUGGCGCUAGAAGAAGCCAUGGAUUAAACCAAAAGAUUCUCAGCAUUCAGCUGAGUUAUAGCAAGAUGCUCUACGAGUCCUCAGCACAGCGUAGCACCUCAUGUGACAAGAAGAUAGUGAAAAUAAAUGACCAGCAUUUGAUGAAAGCUUCAUACAACAGUACAAGUAAGCAAAAUAUCAACAAUCAGUUGUCCAAGCAGCAACAAAUCCCAAUCUCAGUAGAGCCAAAGGAUAUGACCGCAACCAUUUUUAGAACAGGGCUCGAGGUGGGCUCUCAACUCAACCAAAUUCAACAACAACAACAGCAACAAUUGUUUGUAGUUUCUAAUACAAUCUCAGUCGGCUUCACUCCAACUCUUAAUGUGAUGGUGUUUUCCGUUGAAAAAAUUAAAUUGUGA